AUGUCGAAUUUUUUCCAGAGGACUCAGAUACAGACUGCUAGGCCCACCAUCCCGACAAACACGUCUUCCAAACAGCCUGUCUCACAGACUCCUCUAGCCGUCUACCCAACUAAUCAGCCAAUCAUGAAGCCCAUGGCACCCAUGCCUUUCCCUUCCCUGCGGGCUGCACAGCUUAAAAACCUUGGGGCCCGGCGACCACCACCCAGGAAGAUCAUCAUGGGCCUGUCUUUGCACGACGAUGUUCAGCUGAAGAAAUCAGAGAAUGCCUGGAAACCAGGCAUGAAGAGGGAAAGCCUCCCAGCGGAACCAGAGUCCAACAAAACACAGGACCUGUUCAAGAAGGUCCGCAGCAUCUUGAACAAGCUGACGCCGGAGAAGUUCAGCCAGCUGGUGAAGCAGGUCUGGGACCUGACCAUCGACACUGAGGAGCGGCUCAAAGGAGUCAUCGACCUGGUGUUUGAAAAGGCCAUCGACGAGCCCAGCUUCUCGGUGGCCUACGGGAAAAUGUGCCGCUGCCUCGCCACGCUCAAAGUGCCCAUCACUGACGCUCCCAACAACACAGUGAACUUUCAAAAGCUGCUGCUAAGCCGCUGCCAGAAAGAAUUUGAGAAAGACAAGGUGGAUGAUGUGGUGUUUGAGAGGAAGCAGAAGGAGCUGGACUCUGCUGCAUCGACGGAGCGUGACCGACUUCAGGUAGAGCUGCAGGAGGCCAAGGACAUUGCCCGGCGGCGAUCCAUCAGCAACAUAAAGUUCAUUGGUGAACUGUUCAAGCUAAAGAUGCUAACAGAGGCCAUCAUGCAUGACUGCGUGGUGAAGCUGCUGGGGAACCACGACGAAGCUUCCCUGGAGUGUCUCUGCAGGCUGCUCACCACCAUCGGCAAGGACUUUGAUUUAGUGGAGGCCAAGCCUCGGAUGGAUCACUAUUUUAAGCAGAUGGAAAAAAUCAUCAGAGAGGGGAAGACGUCUUCACGCACAAGGUUCAUGUUGCAGGAUACCAUAGACCUAAGAUUGCACAAAUGGGUGUCAAGAAGAGCCAACCAGGGUCCAAAGACAAUUGAUCAGAUCCACAAGGAGGCAAAGCUUGAAGAGGAAGAGGAGCAGAGAAAAGUGCAGCAGCAACUGUACUUCAAGGACACCAGGAGACGGCCAGAGCAGAGGGAGCAGAGGGAUCAGAGGGAGCAGAGGGAGCAGAGAGAUCCGCAAGUACAGGGAGAGGAGACCUGGAAAACUGUGCCCAUGAGGAAGAAUGGCAGGACCAUCGACCCCAACAAGAUCCCAAAGAUCUCCAAGAUGGACGAGAAGAUCCAGCUGGGCCCUCACGGAAGUCGUAGCCGUACACAAAAAAAGUGCAGCAACAAGCCGCUGAUCUCUGCACCGAAAGUCACUGAGGUCGAAUCUGAGCCAGAGCGCAGCAGAGUCCGAGAGCCUGUGAAACCUGAGCCUGUUCGGACGAGAGAGAAACCUGCUCGGUCUGAGGAGGAGAUCGAGAGGAAGUGCAAGUCCAUCAUCGACGAGUUCCUGCACCUUAAAGAUUUCAAGGAGGCUGUCCAGUGUGUGGUGGAGCUUGAUCUGGGCUCUCAGUCGCACAUCUUCAUACGCGUGGGGGUGGAGUCGACUCUGGAGCGCAGUCAGAUCACACGGGACCACUUGGGCCAGCUCUUCUUCCAGCUGGCGCAGAAGGGAAUCCUGCCCAAACCCCAGUUCUACAAAGGGUUUGCAGACACGCUGGAGCAAGCGGACGACAUGGCCAUCGACGUUCCCCACAUCUGGCUGUACCUGGCUGAGCUGCUCAGCCCUGUGCUGAAGGAGGGGGGCUUCUCUAUGAGAGAGCUCUUUAGUGAAUUAAGCAAACAUUUGCUUCCUGUGGGAAGAGCUGGGAUCUUGAUCUCUGAAAUACUGCUCAUACUAUGCAAACAAAUGGGCCAUCGUACUGUGGCUUCUCUGUGGGAAGAAUCAGGCCUCAACUGGACUGACCUUCUGCCGGAGAAAGAGGAUGUCCAGGCUUUCAUCUCACAACAGGUCAGUGAUGAAGAUGAUGCGCCAAACAUGCAGGCUUUGAACAGCCUUGCAGAGUCAGAGACUGAGCUGGAGACAGCCGCUGUUGAGCCUUCUCUCAUGCCCCCCGCUUCACUACAGGCCCAAGCCUCUAGUCCUGCUUACAGAGAGGCCUCCUCUGAAACUUUACCUGCUGACACCACUCCUCAACAGAACCCAGACAUCGAAGCCAGGACAACUCUGGGAAGCCGUACAGGCAGGAAGCGCAGGAAGAACAGAAAGCGCAGCGCAAAGCCGCUGAGCUCUGCACCGUCUCAGCCUGAUCUGUACACCAGGGGAAGCAGCUCAAAGGAGCUGCUGGAGAGUCCAACCCCGGAGGAGCCGCCAAGAGACAAGGAUGCGCCAAACCGGCAGGCCAACCCACCUGAAGCGGCCAACUCAAGUGAGCGUCCCUCAGCCAAGGAACCAGCUUCUUCUCACUUGUCCUCAGUCGAGGAGCUGAAACCCUCUUUGGUGCCACCUCAGACUCUGAACACAGACAAGCCUCUCUUAGACGCCCCUGGAACUCUGGCUGCCUUGUCUGGAGCAGCCCCCACGGCUUUGAACAGCCUUGCAGACCGUACAGGCAGGAAGCGCAGGAAGAACAGAAAGCGCAGCGCAAAGCCGCUCAGCUCUGCACCGUCUCAGCCUGAUCUGUACACCAGGGGAAGCAGCUCAAAGGAGCCAACCCCGGAGGAGCCGCCAAGAGACAGCGAGCCAGAGGGAGCUGUGCCUAGGAGACCGAAUGUCUCAGAGCACAAACCUGAGCCAGAGGGCAGCAGUGUCUCUAGUCCUGUUUACAGAGAGGCCGCCUCUGAAACUUUGCCUUCUGACACCACUCCUCAACAGGACCAAGACUUCGAAGCCAAAUGUGUGAAGACGCUGUGUUUUUACUCCUCCUCCUCCUCUGAUCUCUCUGUUUCUCAGGAGAACCUGACUGAAUCUCACCUGAGCUCGUCUCCCUACCUGAGGGCGUUGAUGACGGCUGUGUGUAAGGCAGCAGUGAAAAAUAACACCAACUGUCGAGUGCACACGGCCCUCAUUCAAAAGAGAUUACCUGUAUUGCUCCAGUACCGGAACUCAGAGAGUGAGCGACAGCUGCAUGCUCUUCAGGAACUUCAGUCGCUGAUCGUCGCCCUCGAUCAUCCUCCAAACCUCCUCAAGAUAUUCUUCGAGUGUAUGUACGACGAGAACGCAUUCUGCAAGUCGGGGACCAGAAAAGACCCGGCCAAUCAGCUGGAUAAGGGCGUGGCCCUGAAGACCGUCACAGCCUUCUUCACAUGGCUGCAGGAGGCGGAGUCGGAAGACAAUUGACGAGUUUGGAUUCCAAACUUUUGCAACGUUCCGCACUUUUUAAUUUAUUAAUAAUAAAAGGUAGUUAAAAAUG